CAUACACUGCGUGCUGCUGUGCAUCCACCCUUCUCUUUCCUUCGUCGUCCUUUCCUCUCCUCGCCGUUCCCUCCCGUCGCCUCCGCUCUCCCUCAUUAGAUUGCAGGUGUGAAGGUUGAGCGUCGAGCGUGUCCCCCGCCCUCGUCAUCGGCUCUCGAUCGGUACCGCCAUGUCUGUUCCGCCAGCCAUUGCUUCGUCCUCCAAAGCAGCAACCACUGCGGGCCAGCUCUCGCCAGCGCAGGCCCAGGCUGGCUCUGUAGCAGCCGGCGACACCUUCGGCCAGCGACGAAGCGGGGGUUCUGGCAGUUUUGGAGCGGGGAAUACAUCGCGCGCGUCGCCUUCCCCACGCAACGCCCAGCUCGGCCGGAAGCAGCACAAGGGCUCCAAGCGCUUCAGGGCUACGGAUGAGGAUGCUCUUGCGGAAUCCGCCGCCAUGCGUCCUUUCAACAACCGCAAGGGGCAAACAUCCAUUACCCACUUGAUGAACUUUAGCCUCCCCCCUCGCCCUCAGAACUACCAUAGCCAUGCUCCAUCGCGGAACAACCGGAGACACCCUACUUGGGGACUGGGCUCGGGCUAUCAUGCGGUCGACAAAGCGAGAUUUGUUCACUCCAACUACCGCUUCAUCGUCGACCCCAGAGGGGACUACCGGGCUCAGAACGUAGACGCCGACACCCAUCUGGACUGGAACAAUGUCUUGCAGAUACUGGUGUCCGCUCAGUCUCAACUCGCAUCCUGCCCCAUUUGUCUGGGCACUCCCGUCGCUCCCCGCAUGGCCAAGUGCGGCCACAUAUUCUGCCUACCGUGCCUUAUCCGGUACAUGCACGCCGACGAGGAGACGAAAUCGCCUGAGAAGAGAGCUCGGUCCAAGAAAUGCCCACUCUGCUGGGACAGCAUAUACAUAUCGGAGACGCGGCCUGUCCGGUGGUACACUGGACAAGAAGGAGGCGCACCCCACGAGGGCGAGGACAUUGUGCUUCGGUUGAUCAUGAGAACAACGGGAAGCACCCUCGCCUUGCCGAGAGAUGGAGCAGAGCUGUUAGAUAAGGACCAAGAUAUACCUUGGUAUUACGCCGCAGAGGUCAUGGAUUAUGCUCGGGUUAUGAAGGGGAGUGAGGACUACAUGCUUGCUCAGUUAGAGGAAGAGGUGGCGGAGCUUGAAAGACAAGAGAAGGAAGACGAGCUGAUGUUUGGGGAGGACAACGUAGAGUGGGUCCGGAAAGCUGUUCGAUCUAUCCAGGAAGCCAAGGAGAAGAUCAAAGGUGUCGGAAAUCCACCGGCUUUACCAAGUAAACCAGCGGAGCAGAAACCAAAGCGCGCUCCAAUAGUUUACCACGAAGCGGGCGAUCAGACUCCGGAAAUGUAUCUGAUUCAAAAUGCGGUCAGGUCCGGCCAAAGCAUUUCCCAGGCCACACAGAACGAAUCUGUUGUAUCCGAGGAAUUGGACUCCCACGGAAUUGCUGCGACAAUUGUGAAUGGAUCGAACGCUCCAUCUUCGAGGAAACUUUCCAUUAGCUCGACCCCCCAGAGGGCAGGCUCUGGCGCUCCUGGAACUCUCGCCGAGUUUCGAAACCGUCAACAUCAUGAGCAUCAUAAUACUCCAUCUGAGUAUUAUUUCUACCAAGCGUUGUUGCAUUACUAUCUCUCACCGCUUGAUAUUCGAAUUUUGAAAGCGGCAUUUGGUAAUUUUUCGACUUUUCCAUCAACUAUUCUGCCUCGUGUUGAGCGUGUAUCUACUGGCCACAUCGUCGAUGACGAACUUCGAAGGAAAACUAAGUACCUCGCACAUCUACCCUACGGAUGUGAAGUGGGGUUCCUAGAAUGCGACUGGACCGAUACGGUGACUCCUGAAGUCCUCGAGCAGUUCAAAGCAGAAAUCGACAAACGACGAAAGAAAAAUCAAGACAAGGAAGUAAGGGAGGAAAAGGCACGGAUCAAGGCGGAGAAGGAAGAGGAUUCGCGUUAUGCUCCUACGCGGCGAAAGAGAACCAGCAUCUCGGAAAGAUUUACGGCGGAUGACUUUCAACCGCUCGUUUCAUCGGAUGCGGCUGAUAGUUCUGGGUCGGUUGGUGCUGAGAGUGCGUCGACUUCGCCACCUUGGCCAGUACGGCGAGGUCAAGGGUUUGCUUCUCUGGCAUCGCCGUCGACCAGUCCCUCUGCGGCGCGCACAGUUUGGGGUACCACGAUAGUGGCACCAUCUUCGCCGACAUUGGUGGCCGUGCCUUCAGAGAGCGACAUGCGAGACGACGGGUGGCUCCAAGGGUGGGAGAAAGAUCUCUUGCAGGAAGAAGACAUGAUUGCCCAAGCGCAGGCCAUGUCGCUUGUUGGCGAGGGGGAGCCUUCUAAGAAACCGCCGGUGAGCGGCGGUAAGAAGAAGAAAGCGAAGAAGAUCACAUUGAUGAGCACAAACGUAAGGAGGGGAGCAUAAUUCUGACUUCUUAGCUACUCAUAUGAGCGUCAGCAUUGAAACAGCUUGAACUUCCCCUUUGUGAUUUCUUUCACGAGAUAGUUCGUGUGACUGCCGUAUAUCGAGGAUUAUCAACAGCGACCAAA